GGCAGGACCCUGGUUGAGAGAGUGAAGGCCUACACAGCCUUCUGUAACAGAAUGUGCUCAUGUACACCCACCAGCAGCCCUGACUCCCAUCAGCUGUGUGUGCAUGAGGAUGCUGCCUCUGAGGCAGAAUAGAUAUGAUGUAAUCUAAAGCCUCAGUCCUGACAGGAGAGAGAGAGAGAGAGAGAGAGACAAAGCCAGAUCCGGGUAGAAACCGCGCGGUAGGGCCUGCGGAUGGAUCUCGGCUGUUUUUGCACUUUCUGAAAUACAUUUAAGAAUCCUUCUCCGAAACGGUUCCGUGUUGUGGAAGUCAUGCCGCGGAGGUUUGUCCCCUCCCGACGAAGAGGAUGCUGGCUGUAGAAGCAGCACCGGCCGGGGACGCUGUUGGUGAGCUUGACUCACCCAUCUCCAUCAGUUUUAUUAACCACCAUGGCUCAGGAGUCCUCUUCCGCAGCUGCUCCAACAUCCUCCUCCGUGUGAACAUGGCCCGCUCUCCGCCUCCAUCGUCGACACCGGUCCGAGCUAGCUGUCGCCUUUCCCCCCGUGAUGACAGGCGGGCGCCCGCUUCACAUUUCGACACUUGUAGGCCCUUUAUGUCCGCUGAAGAUUGUAUUAUCACCGCGUCUGAUAUCACAUUUUGAGCUGUUGUUAUUUUUCGCAAAAUACCCCUUUUACCAGCAUUGAAUUCCACUUUCAACAGAUUAUUUUGGAGCCGGGAGAUGGGCCCCAUCCACUGCCGGACCUGGUUUCGCCCUGAUCUGAGUUUCAUGCUUUCUUGACCUUACAAGCAACAAUGCAUUUGUGACUAAGCUUCAGUUGUCCUGUUUCAUUUUGGGACAUUUUCCUGGCAUUACUCGCCUUUCCCGCCACCCCACAGAGCCCCAUGAAGCAUAUUUGCCCUGCGGGGGAAUGAGCAGCCUCCUUCCCUCCAGCAGACACCUCCCCGCUGCCCCUGCUGUCCGCCGUGUGGCCCUGCUGUGACUUCACAGGGUCGUGGAGGUCCUGACAACUAUAAAACGUGAAAGGGGGGGUCGUUUGCCUUUCCAGCUCAGGUUUAAACCAUGGCCAAUGAACCUGUCAUCCUUAACGUGUAUGAUAUGUACUGGAUAAACGAAUACACUUCCAAUCUGGGUAUUGGAGUCUUCCACUCAGGCAUCGAGAUUUAUGGCCGAGAAUUUGCAUACGGGGGUCAUCCUUACCCUUUCAGUGGCAUCUUUGAGAUCAAUCCCGGGAACGCCACUGAACUGGGAGAGACAUUCAAAUUCAAGGAGGCCAUUGUUUUGGGCACCACAGACUUCACAGAGGAGGACAUGGAUAAAAUCAUGGAAGAGCUCGGUAAAGAGUUCAAAGGCAACGCCUACCAUCUAAUGCACAAAAACUGCAACCACUUCUCCUCCUCGCUGUCUGAGUUGCUGUGUGGACGAGAAAUCCCUCGCUGGGUCAACAGGCUGGCGUACUUCAGCUCCUGCAUCCCCUUCCUGCAGAGCUGCCUACCCAAGGAGUGGUUAACCCCGGCCGCCCUGCAGAGCCACAUCAGCCUCGGCCUCCACAAAGAGGAGCAUAACGAGUCCAGCGACGAGGACCCCUCGUCGCCGCCCGGAGGGGCUGCCGGCGGCUCCUCCCACAGCUGUUGCCACACGAGGGUGUGAAGCGGCCGACCUACAGUACACUGACACGUGGACGUCCCUGCCACCUCUGCCAGUGGCUCGAGUGGCAUUAGUAGGCUUGAACAACCAGCUGACCUCAUACUGUUUGCACUCUGAGUAAAGAGGCAGGAAAAGCAGCUGCUGCCAGAGACUUCACACCUACAGCGACCCUGCCGGUCCUUCCUGCAGACGACAGGAUGAAACACUUUGACCUGAGCACUCAAGCGUGGCUCAGACUCCACAACGACCACUUGUAGAUCUGACGUUUGCAGUACAUUAUUCUAAGUCUUUUCCCUGAACUUUGAAACCUUUGUCAGCCUUGUUCCCUGCCUCACCUUCAGAGCUGCUUUUGUAGAACAACUAGAUAGAGUUCUCAGACAACUUAUAGGGACAUUACCAGGAAACUGCUACUCUGCUUAAUUUCAACAAGUUCUCGUACAAUAACCUCGAUGUGGCCUUCAGUUGAUAUCGUUGACUCUGCUUUUAUUGUAUGGGACUUAAGUAGUUAGCUUUGGCCAUUUUAGAGGGUUUAAAGAGGAUUUAAUCGUUCCUCGAAGUUCAAUCUGAACUCGU